CUUAGUGUUUGCUUCGGUGACUUGGUGACGGACCAAAGAUGGCCGAUACCGCGUCCGAAACCAAAAAACAUCCAGAAUUUGCAACUGAGGAGGAAGAAAGUGAGGGCGAAGCAGAACGAGUCGAACCAGAAGCCGUGCCUUAUGCAAAGUGCCGGUGGGAUUUCUUUUUAAGCCAUAAGCAGUCCAAUGCCCAAGAUGCAGUGCAGAAUCUGCGCCUUGCGUUGUCUGAACGAUUUUUGGGCGCCUCCUUUUGGUUGGACAUUGAGCAGGAUCCAACCGUGAGGGGAAUGUGCAACGGUGUGUCGUAUUCGCGCAAUGUCUUGAUCUUUCUGACGGAGGGCAUCACCGAGAGCAAAUUCUGUCAGAUGGAGCUACGAUGGGCUUUGGAAGCCAAUCGGAACCUGAUCCUCGUGAUGGAAACGGACGACAGACAUGGCAAACCCAAUAUGGAACACCUGAUCCACAGGUGUCCUGAUGAUUUGAAGGCAGUCUUUACCCAGAAUGAGAUCAUCCCCUGGUUUCGAGAUCCAGAAUUUCGAUCAGUCAGUGUGGAGAAGAUUCUUCGCAAGUGCGCACAGGACCCCAGGAGGGAAUCUUCGUUUAGGAAGGCCGCCAAACCGCUUGUGUAUGCUAGUAAGGGGGGAGGUGAUGACGGAGCUGAAGUCUUUGACAAGAGCUUCGUGAUUUUUACAGCCAUGUGCGGGGUUGCCCUGCCCGGAGCAGGGAAAAGGACCAAAUGCUGGGCCGUUGCAGUGCGGAUCAUCUUGUUGACGUGCGGUAUGAUGUGUUGCAGCCGGCUCUUCACACCGGAAGGUCCCGCUUUUCUCGACUACCUGACCAUUGUGCAGAUUGUUGCUGCGCAUCCCAUGAUUUUCCUGCUUCUUCAUGUUAUGUUGGUUCUCCUCCGCUCUGAUAUUGUUGCCGACCUGUUGGAAAACCAUAUUGACUGCGCCAGUGAAGGCAAGAAGUUGCGCUUCAAGACGAAACUCCUAACAUGUUUGGUAGCUUUGCUUACGACAUCUUUGUCACUCUGGGGCUGGGUUGGCUACCUUCCAGGUUUCUUCCAUCCCUACUACUUGACAAGUGGCAAUGCUCUGGUGCUUUAUGGCAUCGCCCAUGGAUUGACAUGGAUCUUGAUCCUGCCUAUUUUCUUCGGCAGCUUUUUUGCAGCACUCAUGAUCAUGUUCACGCUUCAGGAGCUGUGCAACAUGGCGCUUCUGACUGCUUUCAAUGAGCUGAACCAUGAGUUUGAACUGGUAGGGCUAGAAGGGGUGGUGAAUUCUCAUGAUGGUCUCAACGUGACGGAGCACGACCUUUUCCGCUUCCAGGUCAAGUAUGCCAAGAGCUAUGAGCUGUACAAGAAAAUUCAGUGGCAAGUUGCCAUGCCACUGGCGGUGUUUUGGUUCAUUGAGUUUGGCCUUGUGAUUUGGUCCAUCUGGAGCUUAGCCCAAGGCUUUGCCGCUGAUGAAAACGACUGGAGGGUGCCACACUUGAAGAGCUAUUGGAACUUGGUGGUAAGAUUGAGUUGGUUCGUCGGAGGAAGUCCAUGGUUUGGCGCUGGAUGUUGGAUAACUGCCAUGCUGCCGUGGGGGAGCAUCUACUAUGCAUGGAGAAUGAACGAUCUCACACGACGCUUAAUUUUCAAGAAUCCUUCCACAAGGCAUGCUCUCCGUUCUUUCCUGGGUGAGUUCGCCCUCGAAUUUCGCGUAAGUUUUAUCCAAGCUACGCCGAAAGGCCUUCUCCUUUUCGUUCCAGUGCUGGUCAUGAACACACUGGGCUUCAUAGCAGAUGCUCUGAGGCUUUUCAACUCGAUUUGAGGGACUGGGCUGAAGUAUGCUGAAGUGGAAAUUGGAAAGAGUUCAAAUGGAGGGGUAAGUAAGUCCAAGUCUCAGACUCUGACACGGUAGCAUCGCACCCCGGAUAGAUUUUGUUCGAUUCGUAGUUUUUGUUUUGUGGAGCCAAUUGGCAGAGUUUGCACCUUUUAGCGCCAGCCGAAGGCUGAGACUGUAUCACUAGGGACCCACUGUGACUUGACCUUGUGCCGAAUGUGCUCAUAGGUGCAAGACACAAAGGACACAAAGCAGGACACGGUCCCAUAGCCAGAGACACUCCAUGACACUCCUCAGG